AGACAGAGAGUGGCUCAGGAGUUAUUCACACAGACAAAGAAAGCAGGAAGUGAAAACAAAUUUAUAAAACAGUAUACGAGUCAAGUGAGAAGGAGAGAAGGCAAGUAGGAAAGGAAGCAGGGUAUGAGGCACAAUGGGGUAACAUAAAGUGCAGGUUAGAGAGGGAAAACGGAAAAGAAAGUAAGAAGCGAUAAGGUUUAGAGCUCUCGUUCAGUCAUGGAAGGAGAACUGGAAGAGGAUGAGAGUUUCACCACCAUCUCCCUAGCAGAUGUUGGGAUGUCAGAGGCCAGAGGAACUGCAGCCCUGCAUACCAAACUGGACGAGGUCUUCACCAUGAACUGUGACAUGGAUGGAGACAUGGAGAACCAGAUGGAAAACCAGAUGGAAAACCAGGUGGAAAUGGAGGAGAAGACCAGACUCAUCAACCAGGUGCUGGAACUUCAACACACACUGGAAGACCUGUCAGCACGAGUGGACGCGGUCAAAGAGGAGAACCUGAAGUUGAAGUCUGAGAACCAGGUUCUGGGUCAGUACAUCGAGAACCUCAUGUCCGCAUCCAGUGUGUUCCAGACCACUGACACCAAGAGCAAACGGAAGUAACCCGCGGCAACGAAGAGGUGGCCAGCGACCACCGUACCACGCAGCCUGUUAACAGAUUUGUUUGUGCAGUUGUCAUGCCAACUACAUCUGUCUUAUUGUCUGGCAUGAUGGUGCAAACCGACCAAAACUCAGGCUACAUCCGCUCUCCCAAUGCACGAGAGAGCAGGUAGAAGUUACCUUUAACCGCAGUUCUGGGAUCAGAUAUUCUGUGUGCUAAAGGGCCUCUGGGUGUGGUGUACAGUAAUCUCCUCCUUGGUCUGUCUUUAGGGGAAACUUCUACUUCGAGUCCCCAAAUACACCCUAUACAAUCCCAACUCCUCCCUAAGAGUCCAGUUUACAUUAUUAUUUAAUUUCUCUUAUCCUCUUUAACAUAUAAACUCAAAGUCCAGGAAGCGUUUCCAGAAAACGUCCGGGCAGAUGUUAGACAAUGGCCGUGGUUGCAUUGGGCAGGGGAUAUUGAUCAGGAACAAGUCCAGUUCCUUAAUGACGUCAGACCUAUCUUACUGGUUUUAACUGGACUUGAACAGAAAAGUGUUAUUGAAUAGAAUUGUGGUCAGGCCCUAAAAUACAAAUCCAGGGUCUUUGAAUAACAGUGAUGUAGUUCAUCAAGUAUUAUCAACACACUCCAAAUUGGUAUUCCUUUCAUGUAUCUAAUGUUCUUAAACAUUAUUUGACACUAAACAUUUUAAUUAAGAUUUUUUUUUUUACACAUUUUAAUGAAUAACUUUUUUUAAAACUACUAUUAGCCUGAUUUACCUAAUUUAAUAUUAAUUGUCAUCAUUGGUACUCAUUUAACAGUGAAUCCUAAUUCAUGUAUUGUCAGUGCCAUGGAGUGCUUUCUGUAGUAGCUGUUUGGUAAAGAAAUAACAUGUAGGAAGUGUUAUGCUGUAAAUACAUAGACAUUAUAUUUCUGACUGGGUCUUGAAUGCAAUGACACAUUAUAACAUGAGACUUAAAUUGAGCUACAUUAGACAGAACCUUGUUAGGAUGGGGAUGGAAGAAGGAUCGAGGGGGGAUGGUGUAACGGAAGUAGACAAGAACGGGAGUGCCCUUGCUUCUGGCUUUCACAGUUUUAAAGAGGGCAAGAGUGCCCUGAGUGGUAUCGAUUGGAACUCUCAGGCUUAGUAAACAUUCCGGAAGGUUCCGUGUUUUGUCGGUGCAUUAACAAACGGAUUUGCUGAUAGUAACUGUAGUAUUCGUUCUUUGGGAAAUGGAUUCUGGAAUCAUGGCGGUGAUUCCUCAGGCUGGUUAUAGCAGAAAACAAGGUAAGUGUCAAGGGAGAAGUCCCAUGAGACAACCCUUAUCAGUUAUGUGAUUUGGACAGAAUAGAAAAUUGGCAUUGUCUUUUUCUGUUUCAGUAAUAUAUCAAUAGAAGAAUACAUUUCUGAAAUCAAAUAUUAUUACAAUACUGAAUUGUAUGAAGCUUAUAAACAAGAGAAGGGUUUGGAGAAUCUCCCAUUUACAUCAAGAGAAAUUGGCCAAGAACUAGAACCCAAAUGGUUUCAGUUGGAAAAGAUAAGGGAAUAUUAAGAAAGUUCCAUUACACUGCAAUGCAUCAACUAAUGUAUUUUCAUUCCAAUGUUUUUUUUUGUUUGUAAUAUAUUGUUCUAUUAUAUAAUUACAUCAUUGGAUUACUUCUGUAAGGUCCAAAUGGGAUUCUAUUCACUAAUAUAGUGCACUACUUUUCACCAGAGCUAUAUGGAAUUUAGUGCGCUCUAUAGGGAACACUGCCAUUUGGGACAAACCUCUUAAUUUUCCUCCAGGCAUGUUGAUAAUGCCUAAACACACUCUAUGAAGAAAAAAAAAACUGCCUUGUGUGAAGACAUGUACAUUUAUUUUAUGACUUAUGUUGCCUUUUAACACAUUCUUUAAAUAAAAAUAACUUCUUAA